GCGUAAUUUGUGCUUCGUGCUUUGUUCAUCCGCUGGAGUAGUUCUAAGGUUUUCUGCUCAGCCGAUCAUAAAAUUGAAAACAAAGUGAAACAACAACGUUAAUAUUCACAGUUUUUUUAAUGAAUCUUGAUAAGGCCAAAAAAAGCGGUUGGAAAAACGCGUCAAACUAGAUAUGUGAUCGCGGUCUCCAGUGGGUUUAAAGUGUUAAAAUUUUCGUUAAAUCGGCCGUAAAUGAUAAAUUUGUGUUAAUAGUGUGUAUUACCUCGUCUCAAUUAUAAAUUUCAAUUUAGUGUGUGCCAGAUAUCUAAGGACUCCAAACGAACGAACUGUUUAUUUUUUUUUUGUAUUUCGACAAUCCAAAAACCACAUUUGAUUGAAUAAAUCGAAUCGAAAGCCGAUAGUAAAAACACACAUACACAAGUCAAAAUGUUGGAACAAAAUGGAUACGCUGUGGAUUACGGUGAUGCUUAUAUGGAGCAAGAGGAAGAAUGGGAACGUGAAGGUCUUUUAGAUCCAGCCUGGGAAAAACAACAGAAAAAGACAUUCACGGCCUGGUGUAACAGCCAUUUGAGAAAAGCUGGCACGGCCAUCGAUAACAUCGAAGAAGAUUUCCGCAAUGGGCUCAAACUUAUGUUGUUGCUCGAAGUCAUCUCUGGCGAAACAUUGCCAAAGCCAGACCGUGGUAAAAUGCGAUUCCACAAGAUUGCCAAUGUAAACAAAGCUCUUGACUUUAUCGAAGCCAAAGGUGUUAAAUUGGUUUCAAUCGGUGCCGAAGAAAUUGUCGAUGGAAAUCUUAAAAUGACUUUGGGUAUGAUUUGGACCAUCAUCUUGCGUUUCGCUAUUCAAGAUAUUUCGGUUGAAGAAAUGACCGCUAAAGAAGGUUUGCUGUUGUGGUGCCAACGUAAGACUGCUCCAUACAAAAAUGUAAACGUACAAAACUUCCAUCUCAGUUUCAAGGAUGGUCUUGCUUUCUGUGCUUUAAUCCAUCGUCACAGACCCGAUUUGAUUGAUUACGGUAAAUUGUCGAAGGACAAUCCAUUGGAGAACUUGAAUACAGCAUUCGAUGUUGCUGAAAAAUACUUGGAUAUCCCAAGAAUGUUGGAUCCAGAAGAUUUGAUCAAUACACCAAAGCCUGACGAACGUGCCAUCAUGACCUAUGUCUCGUGCUACUAUCACGCGUUCCAAGGAGCUCAACAGGUUAACACUGAGCAUCUUCAAAAACCACAAGUUCCCUAUCAAUCAUACCAAGCACCAUACUACAAUAACAAUGCCGAAACUGCUGCCAAUCGCAUCUGCAAGGUGUUGAAGGUCAACCAAGAGAAUGAACGUCUCAUGGAAGAGUAUGAACGUUUGGCCAGUGAUUUGCUUGACUGGAUCAAACGUACUAUGCCAUGGUUGAACUCGCGUCAAGCUGACAACUCAUUGGCUGGUGUUCAAAAGAAGUUGGAAGACUACCGUACGUACCGUCGUAAGCAUAAGCCACCACGUGUCGAACAAAAGGCAAAAUUGGAGACCAACUUCAAUACUUUGCAAACGAAAUUGCGCUUAUCGAAUCGGCCAGCCUAUAUGCCAACCGAAGGUAAAAUGGUUUCGGACAUUGGUAAUGCCUGGAAGGGUUUGGAAUUGGCUGAGAAAGCAUUUGAAGAAUGGUUGUUGGCCGAAACGAUGCGUUUAGAACGUCUUGAACAUUUGGCCCAGAAGUUCAAGCACAAGGCCGAUACGCAUGAGGAUUGGACCCGCGGCAAAGAAGAAAUGCUUCAAUCGCAAGACUUCCGUCAAUGUAAAUUGAACGAUUUGAAGGCUUUGAAAAAGAAGCACGAAGCUUUCGAAUCCGAUUUGGCCGCCCAUCAAGAUCGUGUUGAACAAAUUGCUGCCAUUGCUCAAGAGCUCAACACUCUUGAAUACCACGAUUGCGUAUCAGUCAAUGCUCGUUGCCAACGCAUUUGUGAUCAAUGGGAUCGUCUUGGUGCAUUGACUCAACGCCGUCGCCAAGCUCUUGAUGAUGCUGAACGCAUCCUUGAGAAGAUUGACAUUUUGCACUUGGAGUUCGCCAAACGUGCUGCACCAUUCAACAACUGGUUGGAUGGAACACGCGAAGAUCUUGUCGACAUGUUCAUUGUGCACACAAUGGAAGAGAUCCAAGGUCUCAUUCAAGCUCACGAUCAAUUCAAAGCAACGUUAGGCGAAGCCGACAAAGAAUACAAUGUUAUUGUUGGUUUGGUACAAGAAGUCGAAAGCAUAGUCAAACAACAUCAAAUCCCAGGCGGUUUGGAAAAUCCAUACACAACAUUGACAUCACACGACUUGAAUCGCAAAUGGACCGAGGUGCGUCAAUUGGUGCCACAACGCGACCAAACAUUAUCGAAUGAAUUGCGCAAACAACAAAACAACGAGACAUUGCGUCGUCAAUUCGCUGAAAAGGCCAACGUUGUUGGACCAUGGAUUGAACGUCAAAUGGAUGCAGUCACAUCCAUUGGCAUGGGCUUACAAGGUUCACUCGAAGAUCAAUUGUAUCGUUUGAAAGAAUACGAACAAGCCGUGUUCGCCUAUAAACCAAAUAUCGAAGAAUUGGAAAAGAUUCAUCAAGCCGUUCAAGAAUCGAUGAUUUUCGAAAAUCGUUACACGCACUACACAAUGGAAACUUUGCGCGUUGGUUGGGAACAAUUGCUUACAUCAAUUAAUCGAAAUGUGAACGAAGUUGAAAAUCAAAUUUUGACUCGCGACUCGAAGGGAAUCACACAGGAUCAAUUGAACGAAUUCCGAUCCAGCUUCAAUCACUUUGACAAAAACCGAACUGGCCGUUUGGCACCGGAUGAAUUCAAGUCGUGCUUAGUAUCAUUGGGAUACUCGAUCGGACGCGAUAGACAAGGCGAAUUAGACUUCCAACGUAUUUUAGCCGCUGUUGAUCCAAAUUCAACUGGCUACGUUCACUUUGACGCUUUCUUAGAUUUCAUGACCCGUGAAAGCACCGACACUGACACUGCUGAACAAGUUAUCGAUUCAUUCAGAAUUUUGGCUUCCGAUAAGCCAUUUAUUUUGCCAGAUGAAUUGCGUCGUGAAUUGCCACCAGAUCAAGCUGAAUACUGUAUUCAAAGAAUGCCACCAUAUAAGGGACCAAAUGGCGUCCCGGGUGCAUUAGAUUAUAUGUCAUUCAGUACAGCGCUCUACGGUGAAAGUGAUUUGUAAACAGCUGAAAUCAUUUUAACGAGAAACAGAAAAAAGCAAAGAAAGCAACAAAAAAAUAUUCAUUUAACUGUACACAAUUUGAAAAUUGUCACAUUUUAUGACGAGAUGCGAAUUUUUCAUUCGCAAUUAUUGGCAUAACAUCGACUUCAUAUAUUUUUUUUAAAUGAAAAAAAUCCACACCAUGUCUAUGUCACCAUAAAAUAUGCAGAUUCAAACCAUAAAUAUUGCAUGGAAAAACCACAAACUAAACAAACAGAAGCAAUUAUUCAAACAAAAUUGACUUAUAUUAUUUAUUUAAAAAUAUACGAAUAAAAGAACAGAACAAUUAUUAUUAUUUAAUUUAAA